UGGAGCUGUGAGGCUGCAGUGCUAACCACUGAGCCACCGUGCCGCCCCAAAUUUAUGAAAUGCGAAUCUAUUCUCUGUUAUUUCUUGUGCUGAGCCAAACCAUUGUCUUCAAGUGGUUUCCUCAACAGUUAUUCUCUGAAUACAGGUCCAUGUUUAAAACUAUCCCGUUGAUCUGGAAGCAUAAAAAGAAGUAACACUUUCAAUACAUAAAUUGAAGUCUUAUGCUGUAUAUACGUACCCUUUCCCAAUAAUUCACACAGGGUUUAAUGGGCAUUAAAAUACAUCUGGGGUUUACAAAUACAUAAAUGGGUAAAAACAAAUAGUUUAUAGCAAAUCGUCCAAUGAAAAGGAGUAGUUUGACAUCAUAAGUUUAAAUAUGACAACCCUCAGAAGAAUUUGAAGGUUAAUGAAAAAUUUACAACACCCCAGCAAUAACGGAAAAAGAUACAAGAGGCCCGAACCUUAUUUAACUUCUGUUUUUAAAGUCAAAACAUAAAAUACUGGCAACAUUCAUCGGGCGCAUGUAUCUGUGGAAUGGUUUCUGUGAUUGGUGACAUGGGUUGGACUGCCUCGGCCGCACGGCAUUAUUUGAACAGAAUAGAAUCCCUACAGUAUAUUAUUAUGAAUUAAUUCAUCAUAUUCCCUUUUUUAUUGUUUCUGAUUUUCUUCUAUUAAUUGUGACCCUCUGAAAAUUGAAACUUCUGCUGUUCCGAUUUGGUUUUUUUUGCUUUUUGAUGACAAUGGUUUCUAAAGAAGAGACAUCUGUGCAGUGCACAUAGUAGUGUUUCGGGUUGAUGACCUUGUUUGCUUUUAAAGUGUUAGUUUACUAAUCUCUUGUACCUGUCUCUAUAGCAACACAAACAAAUACACCUUUACUUCCAUUGGAUAAUCAUUUUCCAAGAAUGGUAUGCUCAUAAUAACCGGAUCAAUCAGUUGGGUUGCAUGCAGACAUCUUUCUAAGGUAUUUCAAUUAUCUGUUUUCUCCGGAUUGAAUUCUCAUCGUUGUUAAUAAAAACGAGUAAAACAAGCAACCGUCGCCAUGGUGAUGAUGCCUAGUAUCUUGCCACCUCGCUUCGCUCCCUCUCCUCCAAAAGCUGAGUUGAAACGGAGGGAGAAAGCUUUCCUCUUGGACUGUGUGGCAAUCAGUUCGAUCGCCAGAGAUUAUAGUUACUCGGCGCCCAAGGCCGGAACUGUCAUCCCGCCUUAUAACGCACAGAACGACCACCAUGCACUGGCCUAUUUCAGGACCAAGCCUCUCCCGCCACUGUUAAGAAAGACCGGUCAAUCCCGUGGUGGGACUUCAAUCCAUGGUGUGACUGUCGAUCGAUUCCAGUUUCAAGGAGCUGCAGCAGGUUACCUGCGAACAAGAAACAAAAAUGGAGCAGGUCACUCCGCAGAUCAAGUGAAAGGACAUUCUCUGUUUCUCUCCGAAGUUAAACCUAUAUUUGGAUACAAUGGUCUCUAUGGAUACAGGAGGAAUACACCGGCCCUGCGUAAAGCCCCUUCACCUUUUGGUGUAAUUACCCGGUCUGCUAUUCAUUGAAAAAGCAAGACUGUAAGAUAUUGCUGCAUUACAGUUUGGUGAGGCAGUGUUGGGACAUUUUACACCGAAAAUGCAUAUAAGGCUAUGCCUUUUGCAAGUAGUAGCAUCUAACACUUAAAUCAUUCUCAUUGUUAGAAAGUUCUUAAGCUAAACUACAAAUAGGUAAAUCUGGUAUAGCAACUCUCACUGAUGAAAUAGAUCAUUCUGAGAUUGUUUUAGUUGUAAUAUUCAAUAAAAUCAAUAAAAUAUCCCUUUAUAAUAACACACGGAUAUAAAAACCAUUAAGGAAACAUUUCUGUAAAGUUGAUCUAAGAGUUAGAUUUGACUUGUCUUCUAAUUUCUACGAUAAAAACAAUUAUAAUCUAUAUUAGGUGUGGGAAUGAUUUUAGCCUUUGUUGUGUCACCCUUUGUGUUUUGCAGUUGUCUUCCUUUCAGAUAACAGAAACUUAGUCUCAACUCAGUAUUAACGCUCCCUAACAGUGAUCUGCAAUCGAUUUCUGCACUCACUGCAAUCGGAGAUAUACAUUAAUUUAAAUGAAAAUAUUUUGAUCUCUUCAAUUAAUUAUUAAAAUUCUUUUAUAAUCAUGAGAACUGGUAUAAAAUGAAGGUUUGGAUCUCAUUAUAGUGUUUUCUUUCUUGGUGUUACUUGUUGGAAAGUUGUUAAGACAUUUUAGAAGUUUAAAUAAACAAUUGAAAUGCCUUGCAAUUUCAUUGUGAGAUUCUAUAAUUAUAUAGGUCUGCGACAAAUGUGUGCAUUGUUAUGCUAUAAUCUCCUUGCAGUCCAUUGUAUUUUUUUUCUUUUCUAGUGCAUCCAUUUUGACUUACUUAAUGUCUAAAAUAAGAAU